AUGUCUCUCAACGCAAGAAAGGGAAAGAAGGGAAAGGGAACGAAAGCGAAGGCCAUUCCGCUGUCGAUGUUUGUGGCGGACGACUCAUCGGCGCCCCAGGGAUUCAAUGUGGUCCACACACACAAACCCAAACUCGAUUGGGCCGCAGAGGUGGACGACCAGGACUUGGACGAUAAGUUCACCCUUAACUACAAGAGGGUGGACACCUCCAAAGUAUUACUGCCGUCGGCGCCGAAGUCGACGCGCGGACCCGACAUCGACAUGGAACGGGUGCCGGCGGACCCCCCCUUCAAAGCCUAUUUAGGAAACCUUCCGUACGAUGUGACCGAACAGGAGAUCACCAGAUAUUUCGGAAAACUUAGUAUAAUAGACGUCCGUUUGCCUCAACUUAACGGACGACAGCGAGGGUUCGCUUACGCGGAGUUUGAGACCAGAGAGUCACUGAUCGACGCCCUCACGAAGAAUGGAGACAUGUUUCGGAACCGACAGCUCAAAGUCGGACUUCCCGGAGACAACGCCGAAAAUAAUACCCGCGAAGGCCGACCAGUAAGGGAGGAACGACAGGACAGGACUGCCGGCGACUGGAGGUCCGGUUCAGGGCCGACACGACCGGAAGAGCCACGCGAUUCCGGUCGAGACAACUAUAGAAACGGUUUCGACGACAGGCGCUCCCAAAGAGAGCCCUCCGAACGAACGAGUUUUGGCCGAUCGUCGGACGGCGGCGAGCGCUCGUUCAGACCAUCCAAUACACGGAACGAUAGGGACAGACAUUUCGAGCCCUACGACAACAGUAAUAGUUAUUCAAACGAUGGGUUCAGUCGAUCUCAUGAUCGCGAUUACGAGCGACCGAACAAUCGUUACGGAAAUCGCGACAAUUACGGCGAAUCCAACGAUCGAUCCUAUGGUCGACGCUAUGAAGACUCCGGAAGCAGAUAUUCGGAGAGGAGUGACGACAGGAGACAAUUUGGACGCGAUUUCGAUAGGAAUCGAAGGGAUGGUCCGACUCGUGAUUACGAAUCGCGCAAUAAUUCUUCGCCGCCUCCGAGUCGGGACUCACACGAAGAGUCGUCUUCGCGACCGCAAGAGAGACAGAAACUGCAAUUAAAGCCGCGAACGAAACCCAUUACUGAGAACAACGACAAUGUGACCAAUUCUGCGAUAUUCGGCGGCGCAAAGCCUGUAAAUACAGCCGCCAGGGAACAGGAGAUUGAAAAGAAACUCCUCAAAGAGAGGGAAGAGUCCGACAAGAAGUUGGAGACCAGCGGCGAGGGUCGCACCCGACGCAUCAGUUCCAGUAGUAAUGUGAGCGCCAAUUCGCGCUCUCGAAAGGGCUCGGAUUCCGGUCCCAAUUCGCGCGAUUUGGACGAUAGCCGCGGCAGUGGACGGCGUCCGAGGAAGACGAGUGAAAGGGACAGGAAUUCCGGUUCAGACAGUGGACCCAAAUAUACUCUGAUGACUCGCGGUGGCAGAGAUGGCAACGACUCAUCCCAUGCGGGCUCUCGGUUCACACCAUCGCGCGGAGAUCGAGGAGACAGAGGAAGCGACAGCAGGGGUUCGUAUAAUAGAGGAAACGGUGGACCAAAUCGUAAUAACAAUAACAAUAAUCGCGGCAAAGAUCGGCACACAGACGGUGACAGUUACGACUCGUAUGACAAACCCCCGCGAAUGAACCAAAACAACCAGAGGUAUGAAGAGGAGGGCGACCGCAAACCACAGGCUAUCAUAAGUUCUAACAAAUUCGCACAUUUGGAUACUGAAGACCACGAUGAAGAUGAUGUCCCCAACCCUUCCGACUAAACCGUCGAUAUAUUCACUGACUUUUUCUGAAUUUUGAGAGCAAAACACAAUUAUAUUGAAUGUAAUGUUUUUUCUCGUGAUUUCUUUUACUGCAAAAC